UUGACUUCCACAGUUGAGUUAGAGAGAGAGAUAGAGAGAGAGAUUCGGCAGAAAGAUUGAAACUUGGAAAAAUGAAAGCUGAUUGAUUGCGGGCAGAAAGAUAGGAGAAGAAAAUGUGAUGAAUUUUUAGUGGGUUCGUCGAAACUCCAUUUAAUUUCUGCACCAUUGAAUUGUGUAUUCAUUAAGACCUCAAACAACAAUGGCAGUGACCAACAUUUGGGUGAAAAGACAACAAUGCCCUUGUGGUGAUUGGAAGUGCUUCGUCAACUACGAGGCCGAUCGCGAUCAAGCCACACCGGUAUCGCAAUCCGUAACGAAUGGAUGUUUAUCAUUUCCAUCGCAAGAAAUCUUCACUCCGUACGUUGGGCAAGUAUUCAAGACCGACGAAGAAGCGUUUGAAUACUACAGCAAUUUCGCUCGAAAGAACGGGUUUUCGAUUAGGAAAGCCCGUUCGACCGAAAGUCCGAAUUUAGGUGUUUAUAGAAGGGACUUCGUUUGUUAUCGGUCCGGAUUUAAUCAGCCGAGGAAGAAAGUCAAUGUGGAGCACCCGAGAGAUCGAAAGUCGUUGCGAUGCGGAUGCGACGCGAAAUUUUACUUGACGAAAGAAAUUAUUGACGGUGUUACUCAAUGGUAUAUAUCUCAGUUUAGUAAUGUUCACAACCACGAAUUAUUGGAAGAUGAGCAAGUCCGCUUGCUUCCCGCCUAUAGAAAAAUCGAAGAAGCUGAUCAAGAACGGAUUCUUCUUCUUUCGAAAGCUGGAUUCCCCGUCAAUCGGAUUUUGAAGGUGCUCGAAUUGGAAAAGGGUGUUCAGCCGGGGCAGUUACCCUUUAUAGAAAAAGACGUUCGGAAUUUCGUUAGGUCGUGUAAGAAAACUGUUCAAGAAAACGACACUAUGGUGACUAUGAAACGCGAGAGUGAUUUGCUCGAACUUCUCGAGGCGUGUAAAGUGGAAGCAGAAAGGGAUGAUGGGUUUGUGUAUAAUUUUACCACGGAUGAUAAUGGCAAAGUCGAGAAUAUUGCGUGGACUUACGGAGAUUCCAUCGAAGCGUUUUCACUCUUUGGUGAUGUUGUUACAAUUGACACCUCGUACCGUUCCGUCACCUAUAGUAUGAUUCUUGGGAUGUGGUUUGGUAUCGACAAUCAUGGUCGACCGAUUUUCUUCGGGUGCACUCUGCUUCAAGACGAGUCUUCUAAGUCAUUUUCGUGGGCCCUACAGGUUUUUGUUGGAUUUAUGAGAGGAAGGCGGCCGGAGAUUGUUGUUACUGAUAUGGAUUCGGGUCUAAGAGAUGCCCUCUUAAUCGAAAUGCCAGAUACAAAACAAAUUAUAUGCAUACGACAAAUACUCUCAAGAAUGUCGAGUUGGUUCUCUCUCCAACUCGGCCUGCAAUAUUCGGAAUUCAAAUCGGAAUUCGAUUCGUUGUGUCAUCUUGAAAAUGUGGAAGAUUUCGAGCAUAAGUGGAAUCAUUUGGUAGCUCAAUUUGGAAUUGCUUCGGAUAAACACAUUUCACUUCUCUUCUCGUAUCGAACUUCUUGGCCGUUUUGCUACGUUCGUAACUUCUUCUUGGCUCGUACUACGAAUCCUGAAUAUUCGAAAUCGGUAGAGAAAUUCUUGAAGAAUGUUGUAAGCUUGCAAUCAUCCUUGCAGUGCUUUUUCAAACAGAUAGCUAUCGCUGCAAAAUCGAGGAGUGAGAAAAGGAAAGAAGAAGAAGUCUUUUAUUUGCCGAUAAAAACGUGCAUGCCUUUAGAGGAACACGCAAGGAAUAUUCUUACGCCGUUCGCAUUUAGCGCCUUGCAGAAUGAAAUUGUUUUCUCGAUGCAUUAUUCGAUGACGGAAAUGGCAAACGGCUCGUAUUUGGCGAGGCACUACAAGAAAACGGAAAGGGAGUGUCUCGUAAUUUGGAUUCCGGACGAUGAACAGGUACAUUGCUCUUGUAAAGAAUUCGAACAUUCUGGUGUAUUAUGCAGACAUUCGCUCCGAGUUCUUGUCCUAAAGAACUACUUCGAAAUCCCGGUAAAGUAUUUUCUGCGCAGGUGGCGAAUAGAUGGUCAAAAGGUUACAAAUGGAAAUGCUCGAGAAUUUCAUUCGCUUAGUGAGAGUUUAUACUCGGAAUCAUUUUUAUCGAAAGAGCGUUUCAAUUUCGUUCGUGGAGAACUCGCACAACUUGUCGAGCGUGUUCGGAGUAUGCCCAGAAGGGGCAGAAUGCAUUAAAAAAAAAUCCGAGGGGGCCGUUAUGCUAUUAUAGUACACAAUUUUUUUAUGUAUUUUUUUUAUUUAUAAAAUACUUUGUAAUGUGUAUAUAAAAUAUUUUAGCAAUUUUCAAAAUUUGAAACAAAUAAGUAUUUUCUUGCUGAUUUCAGGUC